UAUUGUAUCACAGUACAGCAGUUGAAUUUAUAAAAUUUUUAUAAAUUCUAGUUACAUAUUGAUUUAAAAUUUUUAAAUAGUAAAUCGAAAUUAAAAUAUGGUUGGAGAAAAUUAUGCAGACAACAGAGAACUGGGCGCAGAGCUCGUCUGCAAAGCACUAUCAACAUUAAACGAGGAGAAAGGUUCAACUUUACGAACAAUUCGAAAUCAUAUUACCAAAAAAUAUAAAAUCUCACCCGAUGUCAUCAAAAAUUUAAUAAUUCCAUCACUAGAGAAAGGUAUACAAUUCGGUGUCAUCGUGCACAAUAUGGGUCGUUAUCAGUUGAGCGACUUAAUCGAUAAAAUUGUGGAUUUAGCGCGUAAACAAAAACGUAAAAAGAAGCAAACAAAAAAUGAUAAUCGCACAAGAUCUCCUAAUCGAUUUUUUGACAAUCCAAAAGGCAAGCAUAUCCGAAAACCUCACAAAGUGAUACGGAGGUCAAUAAUAAAUCAUUAUGAUUGCAAAGAUACAAAUGAAGAACCAAUAGAAGAAGACUAUGAGUCUGAUGGAUCUGGUAGCGACUAUGAAUCCUCAUGUGAUGAAAAUCCAACAUGUGAUCCUGAUUCGUGUUGUAAACGUCAAAAUGAAAAUGUGUCAACUCAAAAUGAAAAUCAAAAGCUAUCCAUUGGUCCGUAACUAGGUCCGCGUGGUAAAGGAGGCACCCGACACCGGCGC